UACUUCUUGCUGACCGUAGGUCUCUUUCAAGUCCACCUCGCUUUCCAUACCCUUCUCCCACCCUCCACUCGAACGACGACCAUUCUCCUUUUAUAGUCCGCCAUAAUCACCACCUGUUCGAUAAGAACAGGGUCUUACCAUCGGACUGCGCCCAUUCUCGUCUCUCGCUUCCUAUCUUACGACGUACAGCCAUACAACAGUACACUAAUCUCAAACCUCUCGGAAGACGAUAAUACGUAACCAUGUAUACCCCGGAUCCAGAAGGUAACGUUCAGUCCCUCUUGAUCGCACCACUCACGCACACCAUCUCUCCCACUCGAAAACGAUGCAGACACCGGUCAUGGCCUCGCUGUUCCAACACUUCUCAAUCCUACAAAAGCGCCUAUACGACAGCUUUACUUAACAGCAUCUGUCUAUGUGUCGCACAAUGGCACAGAAAGCAUGACAGGCCUGGUUGGUGCGCGCUUCACGUUUCAUGCGAUGCUGCCCAAUCAUGCAGAUGGUGCCUUUACAUCUAUUUGUUUGAAAAAGUUCAGGGGCGGAAUGAGAAAACCAAGCCAAUGCAUAAAAGACGUUCUUUACAUUCACUGGGAUACAAAUGCAAAUCCCCUUCCCUCCUCCCCUCCCUCCAAACAGCAUGGGCGUUGACCAUUCAGGUCCCUCACAUCCGGCUUCCAUACCGAUUUCACUAACGAGUUCUCCCCAUCCCCAAAAUUGCUUACGGCAAUCACAACAGAAUCGCUCUCGCUGUUCAUCUCACUAGGAUGCAUCUCGUUCAUGUCGGUGCUGUUCGGGCGCAAGACUGCAGGGA